AUGUCGAAAUUAACCAGUACCCGUUCUGUUCGAUCGAUAUAUCCAGGUCUUUUAUUACUUAUUGAUUAUGGUUUAAGUGAAAAAACUAUUCAUGGUGUUUGUCAUGGACUUGAUCAACUGUUUAGUAUCAUCACGACAUAUGUUGGCGUACAACGCAUACCAAAGUUUGGACUUAUUGUUAAUGGACAACAUCAAAGUGAAAUUUUUAUACCACUGUCAUUAACACGCAAUAAUCAUAUGGAAUUACAAGUAGCAUUGUGCAAAUUACAACUACUUGCUCAAAAAUGGUCAAUAAAAUCAAACGGACUUAGUAUUUCAUCAAUAUCAUGGCAAUCUGCUUUACAAUUAGCUUACAUUGAAAUCAAUUCAGUUGUUCAGAAUAAUAAUGGAAAUCAAGUGAGUUUAAUUUUGAUUGUAACCUCUUCUUUGUUAUUAUUGCUGUCAUUUCUUUCGAGUCAAAUAUAAUAUAGAUCAAUCAUUUAUCAAAUAAAAGGUCAAUGGAGAUAAGAAUUAAUAAUCUUGAAUUAUAAAUCAGGCCAGUAGAAACUUUGGAUAAAAUAGAUAUGUAUAUAUUCCACACGAAUAAUGUAAAAAAAAAGAGACAAAGAUAAGUGAAAUGGCAAAUGCAACUAUCAAAAUAAAAACAAAAUUAGCUACAAUAAUAAUCAGCCAAAAAAACACGAUAUGGAGAUCACUGAAUACCACUUUUUAAAAGUUUUUAUCUAGUGAGAAAACCUCUUCACAUGCUAAAUCGCAUUUCAACUAAGAUAAUGUUUAUAUGAUAAGUAAUAGAAAAAUCUAAAAUAGUUUGGUUUUCUAGGUCUUUGUUCUUGAAAUAUCGAGAUUUUACUGAGUUUGUCAAUAAAAAUUUGUGACGACGUAAAAAAUCAACUUUCAAGUUUCGACUUCAAACUUUAUAUGACCAAAGUUCUCAAUGAGCUUAGAUUAUUGGGAACAAGUUGUAAAUUUUUUAGUAUCUUCAAUCUUGAAAUAUUCAAUAUUCGAAAUUUUCUCAUGUAUAAAAGCAAACUUUGUUCAUAUAUUCACAUCUCCAGAUAGGAUAUACUAGUUGCACAAUCAACUAAUCUCAUUAAGAAUUUUGUUCGUACAAACUUUAAAAUAGAAAAUCUAUUUUAGACGUGACCGCAGCAUUUUGUUGAAAAAUUCAGUAGAAUUUCGAUAUCUCAAGAACGAAAGCCUUGAGAAUCAAACCAUUUUAGACUUUUCUAUUACUCAUCAAAUAAAUAUUGUCUCGGUCGAAAAGUGAUUUGACACCCGGAGAAGUUUCCUAGUAAGUUUUUAGAAUAUCGUCAUCUCUAUAAUACUAUUCAAUUUUGCCUAAGGACUUUCAUGGAUUAUAUUGUUGUCGACAUCCAAUGAAUUGUCUAAAAAGGAUGUUAUGUGAUGAGUUCUUUCCAAUGCCUUCAAUGUGUUGAACAUAACAGAAAUGAUUUUCAAUCAUUUUGUCAUCUUGUAUCAAAGAUAGACUAAUUCAAUACUAACGAGGGAAGGUCACCAACUGUUCAAUCGCUUUUGAGUCGGACCUAUGUGCAUCAUGUAGGUCCUAAUGAGCUAUGAAUACCCUGAAAAGAGUUCGGGCGGAUAGCUUAUUACUGUCAAGAUACUGCAUUUUUACGAUAUUUUUAAGCAAAAUGCCGUGGUCCUCCUCAGGAACACCAGCAAAACUGAGUUUUGAAUUUCGACUUGAAAUUUGGCACAGAAACAGAUAUCAGUGGGAGUAGCUUAUUGUGAAAGUUUCAGAUCUUUUGGUUGCUCCCAUUCGUCAAUAAGAAUAUUGGAACCCGUCGGGGGUAUACGAGCAGUGUAAAAACACCUUUUUUUAGCUGUAUCUUAGGAUAGAAACAACCAAAAGACCUGAAACUUUCACAAUAAACUACUCUCACUGAGGCCUGUUUCUGUGCAAGGUUUCAAGUCAAAACUCGAAACUCAGUUUUUCUGAUUCCUGAGGGGGACCACAGCAUUGUGCUUAAUUAAAAAUACCACAAAAAUGCAGUAUCUUGACAGUAAUAAGCUAUCCGCCCGAACUCUUUUCAGGGUAUUCAUAGCUCAUUAGGACCUACAUGAUGCACAUAGUUCCGACUCAAAAGCGAUUGAACAGUUGGUGACCUUCCCUCGUAAGUUGAAGUUAACUCUUGCUUAGCACAGUUGAGAAAAAUUGAUAA